AUGGCAUUCAGACCAACCCAAUCCCGCACCUUCUUCCGCACAUUGAGAACCCUCAUCCGCGAAGAACAUCCNCUUGCCCGCAACACUUCUACUUUGUUGCCUCAUUCCCACGACAAUUCAUUGCUUGUGCGACGCACAUUGCGCACUGGAAUGACUUUUGUUCCUUUCCUUGCNGUGAUACUGGGUUGGCCAUUUGCAGCUGCCUGGGGCUUGAAGAAGACGGGUAUUUGA